GCCACAGCCGCAAGGAGCGCACGCUGUGUCGAUCCGGCUCGUAUUGAUGACGCAGUGUGCCGGCCUUGUGAUGCAGUUUGUACGAGAAAUGGGACGGUUGGCGGUUUGUCUAGAAGACGCCAAAAGAUGGGUCGGAGCACGCAGUGCAUGUACGGGUGGGAUGUAAUUGAAGCCCAAAAGGAUCGUAAUACGAGACGUCUAAUUUUUAUUCUUAUUCUUUUUUUUCCCCUAUCUCUCUCUUCUCCGAUUCCUUUGUUCUUCGAGAAUCACAUUCCUGGCAGACAGAGGUCCUUCUGGGUAUAUAUUUACGCAACCGAGGCCUUGGGCUUUUUACUGCUUGGAUGGAGUCAUGCCGGCAUAUACGAACCUCAGUGCAUUGAUGCUAGUAAAACGGCAAACAAGAAAUGCGGGCUGAACAGACCAGCAUCUAGUCAGUGCCGGGCACCCACUCGAUCUAACGCUUGUUGUAGGUCCGCUGCGGAGCAACGUCGAAUAGCUUAGCUGGCUUGCCCAUAAUUGUUUCCCAGUAGGGCAAUGGAUGUUGGUGCAACGCCGUUGCGGCCGACAUUUUGACCCAGGGGGGCCGGUCAGCUUGACAGCUCAUCCAUGUCCUUCUCUAUCAUUUAUGAGGAUUAGAGGGAUAGGGCUGGUGAGGUGUUACUGCUAAUGAGGUACACCGCGAGGCUACAUUGAAGAAUACUUUAACCGAAGAGAGGCGCCUUUCAUAAUUCAAGACCAG